ACUGGCAGCGAAGGCAGCCUACCAAUGAGAGGUGGAAACUGAGCUCUCUUUUUUUUACUCUUUGGAUCUUUGGAAAACCUGCUGUGUGAUGUUGCAGUCAUUUCUGAUCUGAGCACAGGAGUGCUCUCUAUCCCUCCUGAUCUACAGUCAGGGCAACUUGGCUGUCGAGGAAAGUGUUUUGCCAGGUGUUCCUGUGCAAUCUGAGAAGAGUUUUUUCUUUCUAUCUCUCUACCUAUCUUGGAAUAAUAGUGCCAUGCCUUCUGGAUUGCAAAACAGCCUCUUUCUCUUCUUGUGCCUAACAUCAUGUCAGGAAUUUCGAGCAUCCCAGGUAAGCCCCAUUCUCCCAAUCAACAACUGGUUAGGUCUGGAUAACAUUUCAUCUACCUACCUAUCUAUCUAUCUAUCAUCUAUCAUCAUCUAUAUCUAUCUAUCUACCUAUCUAUCUAUCUAUCUAUCAUCUAUCUAUCUAUCUAUCUAUCUAUCUAUUACCAAUCUACCUAUCUAUCUAUCAUCUAUCGAUCUAUCUACCUACCUACCUACCUAUCUAUCUAUCAUCUAUCUACCUAUCUCCCUACCUAUCUAUCUAUCUACCAAUCUACCUACCUACCUAUCAUCUAUCUAUUGAUAUCUAUCUAUCUAUUGAUAUCUAUCUAUCUAUCUAUCUGUCUAUCUAUCUAUCUAUCUAUCUUUAACAUCUAUAAAAUCUUGGAGGGGUUAUAAAUGCAAUGCAUGAAAGAAAGGACAUGUUUCCUUUGACAGUAAAACAAAUGGUGGGUUUUUAUUAUUAUUAUUAUUGCUAACUUUUGCUUAAAAGGCUGGACUUUGUUUUAGCUCCCCCUCCCCAGCCUCAUGUGUCUCUUUCUGCAAAAACAACAGGUAAGUAAAAUUAUGGUUGCUAAUGCCCUUUGAUACACAUCCUCUAAUUUUCAACUUCACACCAAUGACAAGAGGUGUGGUUAAUAUUUUGUGUAAAUCAGAAAAGACACGCAGGAAACAAGGCCAGUCCAAGGCCAAAUAAGCACCAUCAGUCCAGACUAAAAUGCAAAUCUUCAUCAGGAGAAAUUUGAAGACUAAAAAGAUAGCCUUCCCAUCACUUAAUUCUCGAAUUCCUCGACACUGUUUGAGGUGAAGAAUGCAGCUCCAGAAGUGUAGGGCAUGUAAUUACUUUUGCAAAUUAUCUGCCUCUGAAAAUUCUUACAUUUCUUGCCCUGUAUCCCUGCCAAUAAUGCAACUGCAACCCUCUUGCUGGGUUAGGAAACUCAACCUGCUCCUCCGUUAAUGCCUGAAUAAACCAGCGCAGGCAAGUGAUUGCAGAGCUUGUGAGUUCAAGUCACUUUGCAGGAAUAUCAACAUGGGCUGAGCGAGCUGCACAGUGUUGAAGUUUAUUAUGCUUAACUGUAGCGCAGUAGUUCAGGUUAAAAAUAACUCUUUAACAAAGAGCUUAUUAUAAAGGUAUCCAGUACGACUUUUUAAAAAAAUGCCUGCUGCAUGCUACAUAUGAUAAGAGUCUUCGGCAAGAGAAAACUUGUUCACUCCCCAAACCCCGAGAACAUGCUUCAUAUAAAACAUGGCAAUUAAAUUCUUGUUCAUUCAAAUUGUAAGGAAAUGUCAGGUUUAUUGUGUCUGCAGUCAUUCCUUUUUGACUGGCUCCUGUCCCAGUACUUAGUGCUGACUUUUGAUCCUGGUGAAGACGUUGUGCAACGGAUAAAGAAAGUCAAUUUCAUAGCAAAAGCAGCAUUUGUGUGGGUGUGUCUGUGCAUGUGCGAUCAGCAAUAAGAAGAAUUUUGUUCAGUUCGCAUUUUACUUUGACCUUGCCUGAUUUUAGUGCAAGCCGCCCUGCAAACCCAGCUAUAUUUCAAAACUUGCACUUCUCUGGAUUUCACGAUGCAGUUUUCAAACCAAGAAGAGUGCACAGGGGGGGGGAAACUAUAUUAACCUAUGGAUUUGCUUGCAAACAUAUGUAUAAUAGGCAAAAUUGCAAAAGAAAAGAAAAAGAGAUGCAUAUAUUAGGCUUAACCUGCAUGGAAAUGCAUGCUGAUUUUCGUGUUGACUUUUUUAUUCAAAGUAAUGCAGAAAUAGGCAAACUGAACUUAAGGGUGGGAAAAUGGGAAAUCGAAAGAAACUGAAAAUGACAGGUUUGUGCAUCCCUAUUUGCGAUAGAUGGACAGAUAGUGAUAAACCUGCUGAAAUAUACUCGGAGUCGAGUGUGGAUUUCAUGCUCUUUAUUCAGCUCAUAGUAGUGAGGAGGAAUGGAAGUUCCCCCAGAAUGUCUGCUUUAUAUACAUUAUUUACACAAUGGGCCCCAUGUGAUUGGCUAAUUCUAGGAUUCUCCUGUAGGCCAAUCAGGUUGCGGAUUCACUUCCACCUGGAGUUGGAUUGGGUGGCUCCUGUGGACCAAUCAGACUGUUGCAUUCUGGAUCCUAUUCAACUCAAUACAUAACACUUGCACAGACAGACCAAUAGAUAUGCAUUUAUGGCUGAGUGGAUAUAGGAUUUAGAUAGCGUAACAGAUGAAUUAAUCCCUUGUGCAAUAGGUAACAUUCCUUUCUUGCAGGAGGCAAACAGGACUGAACAACUUGGCACUCUCAGGGCAUAAAGGAAAGGCAGGGGGCAGCAGCUGUUGAAUGAGUUCCUUGCAUUCCAUUUGCUCUCUUGGCAGUCAUUCACAUGAAAGUAUUUCUCACGUGACACUAAAAGUGAUUCUGGGGGCUCUUCCAGCAUGUUGUGGGAUACAAAGCAGAAAAUAACUGUUGUUGUUGUUGUUGUUGUUGUUGUUGUUGUUGUUUUAAUCAGACACUCACAGUUUUGCUUAUGUCAGCAUGACAAAGUCAGCGCUAGCAGUUGGAAAAUUUGGGUGCUUUUGGGGGGCCUGGACCAGUUAAGGAGCUGCCUAGCACAAGAGACCCACCAACUUUGCACCAAGCCUGUCGCCAUGGAAGAAAGGAGAUCAAGUGUCAUGGGCAGCCAAAUACCCAGUAAACAAAACAAAACAUGUGUGACCAGCCAUAUCACCUGAUGGUCCACACACCACUCACCAGAUUUCUUUUUUUUUUUAAUGAUAUUUAUUGAAAAAAGAAUUUUUUUAAAAAUUACAAAGAAAAAAGACAAAACAGAAAAAGAAAAAGAAAAAAGAAAACCAUCAUUUUCAAAUUCUCCACUUUCAUUACCUUCUUUCUAUGACCUCCUCCUCCUCCCUUUUCUUGUAUCUUGAUUAAUAGUUGUCACAGCAAAUCCUUUCCAUAAUUCAUAGUAUUCUGUCAUUACAUUACCUUACUCUAUUUUCAUCUUAUCUUAUAAAAACCUUAAAGCUUAAGACUUAAAUCUUAUUUUUACCAACUUCUCAUAACCAUUACCUUUUACCUAAUUCUUUAAACAUUUUUACGAGAGCCAAGUAAUUUCAUUUCAACAUUUUACUAACAUUCAUCAAUUUUAGAAAACAUUCCUAAUGAUAGAAAAAGAAAUAAGAACAAUCCAAUCUUCUUCCAGCGUCCCUUCCUCCUGGUCCCGGGUUUGUCAGUCCUUUUAUCCCAUUAGUCUGGCACAUUAACCUGGUGAUCUUAUAUCUGAGGCCUUCAAGUCUCUUCCAUGUCCCUUCCGCAGCUCUUCUUCAUAUUUUCCUUUCACUCGUGGGAACUCCAGCUUGGUAGUGUUUUUGACCCUUUUCAACAAAUCAGCCCCUUUCCCAUAGUCCAGACUAGACUCCAUGUGGUAUUUUAAGACAUGUUUCAAAUUCCCUCCAAAAUUGGGAGCCCCCACAGCUCCAAACAUCUGACGGCCCAUUGCCAGACUCGGAAAGUCCAAACAUCCCUGCAUGGGGGGGUCAGUCCAACCCCCCAUUUCCAAAUCAAUCCAAACUUUAUCUUUCCAAAUCUGGUUUUUUCCAAGUUCAUUUGUCAAAUCCAAAGGCUCAUUUUCCUGCAGGGCCAAAAGUUCCUCCCUUUCUGGCACCCAAGAUUCAGCAACAUCCUCUUCUCUCAACUGUUCUGUCAUGGCACACUCCUGUUUAAGUUCCUGGGUGGGCUCCAUAUAGUUUCCCACUACCUGUUCAAAUGUUCUGGCCGCAUUAGUCAUCAAAUCCGUCUUCUGACUUAACUGAACCAAUAGGGCAUUUAUUUUACAGAAAGCACCCAACAGUGCUUCUGAAAACAUUGUCCUGCAAGGUCACAAAUCCUUUCCCACGGUUGUAAUCUGUGGCAGCUGCAAGCUCCCUAGAAUUAGUUACAGUUUCACAGUCCCCUCUAGGGGGAAAACUUCUGGUUGUUCUUUCUUUUAAGGACAAUAGCAACAAAGUUUCUUUUUUUAAGAUAUUAUGUCAAUAUUUGUUCCUUUAAAAUGCGAAAGGAAACAGUGGAAUCACAAUGUUACUCUUCUUUUAACUGUCUGUCAAAAACAUUUGUCUCUGGUCAAUGAGCUUCAAACAUCAAUUCUGACACCCGCUCCAGGAUCAGGACAGUGGAAAGUUACUUUACUUUAAACUCACUUCUGCAGGUUUAAACAGUCCAAAAAAAAUCCCCCUUCUUCUCCUGCUACCGAAGGGGGGUUCAACGAUUUUAAAUGGUGAAAACCAAUCCUUUGAAAGUGAUUUUCUAAGCUCUAGUUUACGUUGUCUUUGCUUUCUUCUGACUACAAGGAAACGGAAGGCUGACUUCCUGUUUAGACCUUCCUGCUUCAGUACCAAAUUAAGGUAAAUUUUUAAGUCCAAUUCCUUUCUAAUUGCCAGUUCUUAUUUGAAGUCCACUUGUUCAAUGUUUAGGUACUCACGGGGGAUUAUUUGAGUUGCCAAAUUGUCCCAGGACAAAGGCCGCGCUCUCCGGCAACGGCUAUGCGGGUUCGCUCCACGGAAAAGCAAUUGACUCACAGCACCGCGCCACUUCCCCCUCUUCGCUUCGGAGCCCGUUAGUGGGUUCCUUUGCGGGUUGGGGGGGCGCUAAGGGUGCCCGCCGAGUCCCACGGUCACAGGCUUCAUCCGCCUGUGAUUUCUAAAAGGGUCCCCGCUUCGCCGCAGCGGAAAAGACCCGUUUCGCGCGGAGCUGGUCCCUCCGGUUCAGAGGGAGUCCGCCAUUGCUGAUGGCGCCACCCCGGAAGAACCACUCACCAGAUUUCAUCCCGGCUCCACCCUUGCACCGUCAAGUACAACACCCUGCCAAGAAGACCAAUAUUAUUGACUUCCAAAGUUGGCUGCCAGGACAUUGGCCCAGCUGGAAAGGCCAGUACCAGUUUUGUAUAUUGCUUAGCACAGUGGAGGAGAAUCGGAAGGGGUCAGGCCAUGAAUGCUAGCAGGGGGACAAUGACAGUCGUAUGCCAAUGAUCUCAUCAGCUCACGGCUUUGCUAGCCACUCUUGGCAUAGCUGUCAACGUUUCCCUUUUUUAAAGGGAAAUUCCCUUAUUCCAAAUAGGAUUCCUCACAAGAAAAGGGAAAAGUUGACAGCUAUGACUCUUGGCCCCUGUCAAGGCCUUGUAUUCUGACAUUUGCUGGACCAAGGAAAAGUUCACGCUAUCUUAAUAGCAACAACAACAGAUUUAUUUGUUACACUAAUACAUUUAAUUUGUUCUCUGCCAAUCUUGUAAAUAGCCAUAGACCAGGGCCGGGCAACGUUCAGCCCUAGAGCCUUGUAUGGCUUUCAGCCUGAUUAAAAAAUCCCUGUACAAUUCAGACCCCUGGCAAGAGCAAUCUGGUCCUCUCCUGGUACAUACAUACAAAACUUUAUUUUUAUGCCACCUUUCCACAGUUCAAACCAUGCUCAUAGGUGACUUACAACAUGGAAAAAAUACAUAACUACAACACAACAAGCGUAGUCAUAAACAAUAAACAAAAUAUUAAAAAAUGCAUGACCAAAUUGAACAAUUUCCACAUAAAUGACAGCCAGAUCUAAAAUAUACAAAAUACAGCAGCAGCAACCUCGCCCAACAAAACACUCAAACACCCCCAGCCCAAUUUGGUAGGGAACAAGAGUGGCAGAAAGAAAGAAAUGGAGGUGGGGAGGGGCAAGAGAGAGAGAGAGAAGGGUGUUGGGGGGGGAGCAAUGGCUCCACCCAUUUUUAUCCCUGGCCCUGCCCAUCCCUUGCAUGUGGCCCCCAAAGAAUGCAGCCAUCAGCAGAAAACAGAUUGCCAACUCCUGCUUUUGGCAACUUCCAUCAAUAGGAAAUGCACCCUUAGAAUAGAUAAAUACUACUGAAUUACCGUACAAAAUCAGUAGUAGAAGAAAACUAUAACCUAUUCAAAAGCAUAAUGUCUCAGGGCAACCAAACAACAGUCACCUGGCUUGAAUGUUUUACCAGGUCAGCCUCUGCCAGAUUGGAAGCCUCCAAAUAUUUUGGACUACAACUGUCAUCAGCCUCAGCCAACCUGCUCUGUCAGAGUUGACAAAUGUUAGAGAAGGCGAGGGCCCUUUAAAUGAAAAGUGACCUUUCACUGAUGAUGGAGCUGACUCCUCCAUAAGGCUCAGCCUAAGAACUGCUGUUGCUGAAACAACAUCUAAGUUCUACUGUCCUACAGCAUUCAACCUGAGCACUGCACAGAGCUGUCCAGAGUUCCCAGGCAAUUGCUGGAACCAUUGCUCACGUCAGAACUGCUUUGAAACACAUUUGUCACAUGCAUGAGACACAGGUCAGCACGAAAGACGCAGGGCUUGGUUGUCAGUGAAGUUAACUCUUUAUUCAGGGGCAUGGCAUACAACUCAGCAACACUUCCAAGCAGAUCUUGCCUCUAUGAAACAGUUGCCAGGACUGAAGGUCCCUGCCUUCAACCCUUUCUAAGGCCCCUCCUCUCCCGGAUGUUUCCCGAGCAGUCUCAAACUGCAUCUGCCCACCUCUGGCCUCUGCUCUGCCCUCCUCCUUAUCCUUAUUAUCCUGCACAUUCUUGGAGACCAGCAGGGAGGGGAGCUUGUUGUAGCAGGAGAGGGAGACUCCCUGGAUUCUUCAGUAGCCUCUCAGUCCCCCUCUGCUUCAGCCUCGGUGUCUGAACUGCUCCCUGUCACAGGUUCCUCCUGCUCACUAAAUCCUGUUGCCCCUUCAGCAUCCAGCCCUGCCUCCCAGUUCUUUCCCUCUGACCUCUCCUUGGUGUCCCACCACCAAACCCUUGGCUCUGAGCCUUCCUCCUCUGGUUUCCCUUGGGGGUUCCCCUGCUGGUGCCUCCCACCACUCCUCUUUGUCCAGCCAGUCCUUGACACAUGUCUUACAAUGUUGUGAGUACACAAAUUGUUUCAGGUUCCAGCUAUAAAAAAUAUAAUGUGUGAAAUGACCACUGAGCUCAAGUCUGUGCUCCACUGAGCUACAGAUCUUGGUGGGUGGCAUGGGCAGGUUGCAAUGACUCAGUUAAUUCUGCCUUACAAGGCUGGUACUGUGGAUUCCCUGAAGGAGGUGCAGGAAGGUCAGGAUAGCUCAGUUGCUUAGAGUGUGGUGCUGAUAAUGCCAAGGUUGCAGGUUCGAUUCCCAUAUGGGAGAGCUACAUAUUCCUGUAUCCUCAAGGUCUCUUCCAACUCUACAAUUUUACGAUUUUAUGAUACAAAUCAAGUGGGGAAGACUGUCACGGUCCAGCCAACGGGUGAUCGAAGACCCGGCUGAGGAGGUUGGGACCGGGGGCAAGAUGGUGGGGUGGGAACAGGAACGAGAGUCUAGAAGCCAGGGGUCUGAGGGUCAGGAAGCAGGGAGUCACGAAGUCAAGGGUCUGAGGGUCGAGAAGCAAGGAGUCAAGGAGCCAAGGAGCUGGGGUCCGAGGAUCAGGAAGCAAGGAGCCAAACACAGCAAGGCAGGAAAUGUGUUGCUGUGGCAAAGAGCCGAAGGGAAAUGCUGACCUUAUAUCUUUUCCCGGCUCUUGCCACCAGGUGCAGUGAGUUACCAAGCGGCCUCACCUGUGCCACCGUGCCUUGCCUCUCCAGAACAAACUUAGGAAGGUCCCAGUCCUGCGAAGCCCUACUGGUCACAGGGCCCGGCUCCUGCACGCACUCCUGACAAAGACAUUGGGGGAAAUGGCUUUCUAAUUGUACUCAACCAUCAUGUUUAACGCCGUACAUAUAAAGGCACAUUUAAAGGCCUGAUCGAGCUGUUUAAAGUCUUUGUGUUUCCCACAGAACUGCAUGAACAAGCAGCAGCUUCUGACUGCCAUCCGCCAAAUGCAGCAAUUUCUAAAGGGGCAGGAAACGAGAUUUGCCGAGGGGCUCCGUGUCAUGAAACACCGGCUGACGACUCUGCAAAACACAGUCAUGAAAACCACCCCUGACCCACCAGCUGGUAAUUAAAACAACAAGCCUAAAGUGAUGGCCGUGCAAGAGCAGGAGCAACAUUGCUCAGAUGGAGAACCCAGGGCACAGCCAGCAGCAUUAUAGGACCAGAUGGACCCCGAUUGGCUCCUUGUGUCAUAUGACCCCUAUAUACUGCUCAUCCAUUAUUAAAUGACAUUUGUUAGUCUCUCUUGGAUAUAGAGGUAGGAAAGUCUUCGAACAAAACAAGUAACAUUUUUUAUAAAAAAAACUAUCGGUGUAAAAGGGACGCGGGUGGCGCUGUGGGUUAAACCACAGAGCCUAGGACUUGCCGAUCAGAAGGUCGGCGGUUUGAAUCCCCGCGACGGGGUGAGCUCCCGUUGCUCGGUCCCUGUUCCUGCCAACCUAGCAGUCCGAAAGCACGUCAAAGUGCAAGUAGAUAAAUAGGUACCAGUGGGAAGGUAAACGGCGUUUCCGUGUGCUGCUCUGGUUCACCAGAAGCGGCUUAGUCAUGCUGGCCACAUGACCCGGAAGCUGUCUGUGGACAAACGCCGGCUCCCUCGGCUUAUAGAGCGAGAUGAGCGCGCAACCCCAGAGUUGGUCACAACUGGACCUAAUGUUCAUGGAUCCCUUUACCUUUACCUUAUGGGUGUAAAAUGCUGGGACGGUGCAAGAUCCAGGGCCCAUUGUAAAAGACAUGGGUCUUGGCCCCCUGAGUCACCCCCUAACCACACCCCUGCAUCCCAGCAUGAUUCUGUGAUGGUGAUGCUUUUGCCCUCUUUCCUCUAAGAAGAAGACGAAGAAGAAUUUGGAUUUGAUAUCCCGCUUUAUCACUACCCUAAGGAGUCUCAAAGCGGCUAACAUUCUCCUUUCCCUUCCUUCCCCACAACAAACACUCUGUGAGGUGAGUGGGGCUGAGAGACUUCAGAGAAGUGUGACUAGCCCUAGGUCACCCAGCAACUGCAUGUAGAGGAGCGGAGACGCGAACCCGGUUCACCAGAUUACGAGCCCACUGCUAACCACGUCUUUUAUUAUUUUUGUGUACCCAACUCACAGUGUUCUGCCCUGCCCUGGAUGCCCCACUAAAUGGCAAAAGAUUUGGCACCAAGAACAUGGUGGACCAUGAAGUUCAUUUCACCUGCGAUCCUGGAUUCCGACUCGUCGGCUCCAGUUCUCGAGUGUGUCAGCCAAACGGCAGCUGGACAGGAGAUGUUCCUGAGUGCACAGGUAAUUCACUUUUUUAUUCCCUUGACUCGGGCAUAAACACUCACCUUCAGAUGAUCAAACACAGCUGUUUCAGGAGUAGCCACAGAUGCUGAAGAUGGUUGAAUUUGUAUCCCACCUUCCCUCAGAGAAACUCAAAGUGGCAUACAUGGUUCUCCCCGUUCCCAAUUUUAUCUUCAAACAACCCUGAGGUAGGUUAGGCUCAGAGGAAGUGACUGGCCCAAGGGUUAUCCAGUGAGCUACAUGACUGAAUUGAACCUUGGUCUCCUGGGUCCUAGUCCAACACUCUAACCACUACACCACGGUGCUGGCUCUUGUGGACUACGGCUUCCAUAAUCCCCUAUCAUUGGCUAUGCAGGUUGAGGCUGAUGGGAGCUUGGGUAUAAUUACACCUGGAGAGUCACAGGAUCCUAAUCCUUCUUGCACAUUAUAUGGUGUGGUGUUCGUACAGAGCCCCCGGUCAUCUCACGGACUAUUAACCUGUACACCACUAAUCCACUGCCACUAACCAGGUCCUCCCCAGUAAAAUCACUUCAGUCUCAGUCUGGUUCUCAAGUUAAUAAAGAGUGUGUUUUAUUUCAGACACAAACAAACUUUUACAGCAUUCCAAACAUUGUUACUCUUUGCUUUCUUAGUCUUAUUUUCCUCUCUCUAUCUCUUCUACCUCCCCUCACGCAAGAACCCACUGCCCUAACAGUCUCUCUAUUACCAACUGCCUGCCAACUGCUCCUCCAACUGCCUUUCCCAACCAGCCAACCCACUAAAACCAACCAGCUACCCACCAACAACUCUAACAAACCUCGGGCUAAGCCCUUUUAUACACAUGUAGGCUCCGCCUCCAGCUUUCCUAUUGGUCUACAUUUUUAACCCUUUCUUCCCCCCUGUACAGAUAGGCUCUAAACGAACGUGCAAACGCCACAUAGGAUUAGAAGACUAUCACUUUAGCAUUUAUCCUCAGGUGUUACUCAUCAUUGAUGUGCAGGGUUAGGGCCAAACUAGAAGUGAAUUUGAAUGCACUGAACAUGCAUAUUUUUGUAGAAUGGAAAUAGAAUCCAUGGGGAAGCUGAUCAGCCUUAGGACUACUUGCAGGGAUGGGGGUGAAGGGGUGUGUGAGAGUUGAAUGCUUUCCCAAACUGAUAUUUGCAUUUCAGGGUAAACUGCCAUUGAUGCCAAUGGAGGCUUUCUUUGCAAUGCAAAAAGAGAAAAAGAGAAAAGCUGUUUCACAGAAUGGAUUUGUUGUGCCCAAAUUAUUGCCGAUUGCUCUAAAUCCACGCGACUGUUGUUCAUUGUGUAUGAGGCUGCAGAUCCAAGCAUAUGUCAAAUCUUUUAAUAGGCAAUUUAUUACUAGGAAACAGAUGACAACAUCUGAGAAAUCGACUGGCACAAACACAGUAAUUAAUCUUAUGUGCUUUUUUGGGGGGGGGACCAACGUGAGGUUUAUCCAGAUUGGCAAACGAGAAACUCAUACAUAAUUACCUCUAUUUAAAAAAAUUGUUUACUGGGCAGAAGUCGGUUCUGUUGAUGACGAGCAGGCAUUUGGCAUAACACACGCAUUUUAUAUUCCUGAACAGCCAUUGUUACUGUGCUUGCCUGUAGCUGAAGAAGGCAAGAAAAGUGUGAUAGAAAUGUCAAACCAUGGAGGGAAGACGUGGUUGGAAGCCUCAGGGUGCAACUCUGCUUACACUGUAGGCUGGUGUACCUGCAUGAGAGGCAUAGAGACGACUCUCCGAGCUUAUUUAUGCUCACCUUUUGCUCUUCCUUCAGUAUUAAUUCUCUUUGGGCUGCUGACCUGACGGCACUCCCUUCUCCUUCUCCUCCAUGCCAUAUUUCAAAUCUGGACAGAAAUGUUGUUGAGCUGUUUUGUUUGUUUUUUUGGCAAAGCUUACAUAUGGCAACCCUAUCCAUACCACGACAGCAGACAUACUUGAAACUCUUUUCCACUGAGAUGGUAGACCAAGCAUGGUGCAUCUUAGAUAGAACUGGGAUCCUUCCCAUCAAAAGCCAACAUGGUGCAGUGGUUAGAGUGUCAGACUAGGACCCAGGAGGCCAGGGUUCAAAUCCCCUCUUUUUCAUGAACCUCUCCGGGUGACCUUGGGCCAGGCACUGCCUCUCAGUUCAACCUACUUCAUGUAGUUUUUGUGGGAAUUAAAUGAAGAUUGGGAGAACCCUAUACAUCACCUUGAAGUCUCUCAGCCCCAUUCACCUCACAGAGUGUUUGUUGUGGGGGAGGAAGGGAAAGGAGAAUGUUAGCCGCUUUGAGACUCCUGAAGGGGAGUGAAAGGUGGGGUAUUAAAUCCAAACUCUAAAAGGUGGGAUAUAAAUUCAGUAAAGUAAACAUUUCCUACAUUAAAAGUAGCUCAUUUUCCAAACUCAGAGUCACAAUGUGAUUCCAUCCUCCAGCAGGGAAUUCUGCAGCAAAUUCAACUUCUGCUGAGAAUUUAAACUCCAAGGUCUCUGCAAACUAAGAUUCUACUGCCGGGUGCUUAAAGCUUUCCUUCUCCAAUCUGGUUCCCUCCAGAUGCUCUGGACUACAACUCCCAUCAGCCCCAGCCACCACAUAUGACAUAAAGUGGGUGUGGUUUAGGGGGAAAUGGCCUCAUGGGUCGAGUAAGAACUUGUGCCUGGUGUAAUUAGACCUGCGGGCCAGAGGAUUCCCACCUCUGGCUAGAAUACUGUACCACAGAUGGGGACUAGGGACAUUGGGAAAGGCCAAUCUGAGACCAGACUAAGGGACCAGCUGCAGCAUGUUGGUUGGGGGGCCUCUAUAACAGCAAUUGCCUCUUAGCUGUAGGGAGACUUGAACGCAGAGCUGUACUUUAAAAGGGUGUGUGACAGCUUCAAAGGGAUACAAUACAGGCAGGAAUUGAAAAAGAUAUGAUGCAGACAAAUAGUAUAUCUGCCGUGUAGCCACUGCAGCCCAUCAGUGAUUCUGGGUGCAGAAAAGAGAUGGCUAACCCAUCCCAUUUGAAAUCUCUUGACUAAUUUUAUUACGACUGUUAGAAUUGCUUUUGCUGGAAUCCUGAGCGAUGCAAGAUAUUAUUAAUGCACAGUAAAUUGCAUAUUGGAUUACCAUUUCUUUAAACAUAUUAGUUGUCUUUUGACUCUCCAAAAAUGCUUCUUUAUUUUGAAACUACUAGUAUGAAAAUUCUGGAUUGAACAGAAAUUUCUUCUGAAUUGAACCUGCACUUAUCCCUAAAGUGUGCCUUCCUUGUAUUUUGCUUAUUGAAAUGCAACUGGGGAAUGAAAUUAACUACAAUAACCUAUAGAAACUGGCCUCUGGCCUUGCUCCUGUGUCUUUUACAGAAGCCUUACACACAAAAAUCCCACCAUCAAAGCUUUUUCAUCAAUCAUCUCUGUGCCAAAAAAUCCUUUCCUUCCUUGGUUUCGGCCCCUUACAGUGUUUCCCAACCGUGGGUCUCCAGCUGUUUUUUUGACUACAACUCCCAUCAGCCCUAGCUAGCAAGACCAGUGGUCAGGGAUGAUGGGAACUGUAGUCUGAAAACAGCUGGCAAUCCAAGGUUGCGGAAUACUGCCUUAGAACUCCUGUUUAGCAUUUUAGAAUACCGGUAUUUAAAAAUGUUUGUAGCACAUGGAAUUCUUCUCCUUCAGCCUUCCUCAAACUGGUGCUCCUCAAGAUCCUUUGGACUACAAUUCCCACGAGGCACACCCUGAUCAUGGGAGCAGCCUUUUAUUGCUCCUUUUAGAGAUGUUGCUGGUUUUUAUUGUGCUAUGUCUUACUAUAUUUGUAAGCCACCUUAAACUAUACGAGGAAAGCCAAGGGUCAGGUAAAUAAGCAGCAAAUAGAUGGAUUGUUAUGGCUAGCUAAUUUUUAUUUCCUGUUAACAUUGGUCCUUCACCACACGUUGCCAUUUGAUGGAGAGAUUGCCAUCUCAAACAUUGGAUUAAAUUAGUGUGCGGGAGAUUUGCAUCCAUUUUCCUGACUUUGUCUCUCUCAGUUAACUCGAUGCAAAAAUUCUUGGCCCUGGUCUGUGUGGUUUACAUUUUCACACGCUCCUCCAUAGGGUGCUUAGGCCCCUGUGCAUUGACAGCGCUGUUUGUUUAAGUGAAUUCCUACCUCAUUGUGCAAAAUGCUAAUGAGCCAUUGAGCCGCUGGCUGACCAAACGGCUGCGAAGGCCAGAGACCUGCCACUCUCCAUUGUGUUUGAGAAGACAGACAUUUCUAAAGAGAUUAUGACACAGUGCGCUAGACAGCCAGCCAGAUGUGACUCUAGAACAGGGGUGGGGAGCUGCUUUUCAGACCAAGGGCUGUAUUCCCCAUCUGGGCAAUGUUGUGGAGGCCACAUGGCACUGGUGGGAGGGGCCGGAGCCAAUAGGUGCAAAGCAAUGAAAUCUACUUCUGUACAGUAAGUUGGUUUCUAUGCACAAUUCCAUCCAUAGGAGCCAGUGUGGUGUAGUGGUUAAGAGCGGUAGACUCGUAAUCUGGUGAACCGGGUUCGCUUCCCCGCUCCUCCACAUGCAGCUGCUGGGUGACCUUGGGCUAGUCACACUUCUCUGAAGUCUCUCGGCCCCACUCACCUCACAGUGUGUUUGUUGUGGGGGAGGAAGGGAAAGGAGAACGUUAGCCGCUUUGAGAUUCCUUCGGGUAGUGAUAAAGUAGGAUAUCAAAUCCAAACUCUUCCAUGCAACCAAGAGGCAGGACCAGCGUUCAAGGCGACAUCCUAGCAGGGCAAAAGCACAGGAAGAGUGGGUGGGGUUAAAAGGGGGGUGUCCCCUAUGGAGAGAGGCAGGAGGGCUGGAUAGAGAGGUCUGAUGGGGAUGUGCUGGCCUCUGGCCCAAGGUUUCUGACCUUCAGGCCAAGAAUUAAGUGAGCAGUGGGAAUCAGGAGAAUGCCCGUUGCCGUUGUCCACAGCGGUCUCAUUCACAACAUAAAUUUAGAUUACCAUGAUGCCACUGUAAACAGUAAUGGUGCCUCUCCAAAAGGAUCCUGGGACCUGUCAUUCUUAAGAGUGCUGAGACCCUUUUACCCUCUGUUAUGUACUGAGUUGAUUAGGAUCCAAAAUGCAGCAGUCUGAUUGGUCCUAGAACAAUAGGAUUCAGAAUGCAGCAGUCUGAUUGGUCCUAGAACAAUAGGACCCAGAAUGCAGCAGUCUGAUUGGUCCACAGGAGCCACCCAAUCCAGCUCCAGGUGGAAGUGAAUCCGCAACCUGAUUGGCCUACAGGAGAAUCCCGGAAUCACGUGGGGCCCAUUGUGUAAAUAAUGUAUAUAAAGCAGACAUUCUGGGGGAACUUCCAUUCCUCCUCACUACUAUGAGCUGAAUUAAGAGCAUGAAAUCCACUCUCAACUCCAAAUAUAUUUCACCCUCACAGAAUUACAAUUCUCAGAGUGGUCAAACCAUUCAGCUGAACACUGAGGUCCACCUCCAAGGCACUGGCAAAGGAAUGGGAGUGCGGACUGCAACCUGCACCACUAUUCUGGUAGAGUGCCAUUGCGGCGACCCCCCCGGACACGCGCCGCACACCCCCCAUGCGCCGGGCACUACGUCCCCACAGGCAGCGCGUCACACCCCCAGAACACACGUCACACCCCUGCAGGCGGUGUGCCACGCCCCCGCCUGCUCUCUGACCCUGAUAGCGUAGCAUGCAGCUUCGCCACUGCUCCAAGGGUCUUCUGGCUGUUCCUUCACUGUGAGAAGUGAAAUCACAGGGAACCAGGCACAGGGCCUUCUUGGCAGUGGCACCCACCCUGUGGAACACCCUCCCAUCAAAUGUCAAGGGGAUAAAGAACUAUACGACUUUUAGAAGACACCUGAAGGCGUCCCUGUAUCGGGAAGUUUUUAAGGUUUGAUGUUUCAUUAUGUUUUUAUAUGUGCUGGAAGCCACCUAGAGUAGCUGGGGAAACCUGGUCAGAUGGUUGGGGUAUUAAUAAUAAUAAUAAUAAUAAUAAUAAUAAUAAUCCCUCUUCACAGGGAACUCUGUGAAUUGCAGCUCUGGGAGGGGAAUAGUGGUUCUCCUAGCAACUCUCAACACUCUUAAGCAAACUACAUUUCCCAUAACCCUUUGGGGGUUGUCCGUAGUAGAGAGGUCAGUUGGUUAGAGCACGGUGCUGAUAAUGGCAUGGUCACAGGUUUGAUUCCCGUAUGCUUCUUCUGGCAUUGCAGGGGUUAGACUAGAUGAUGCUCAGGGUCCCUUCCAAGUCUAUGGAUCUAUGACUGUUUAAAGUGGUAUCAUAGUGCUUUUGCAUAGAUGGCUUAAGUAUGGCCAGUGUCUUCCUUGGGUAGCUGGCAUCUAUGCAGGUGAAAAACCACCAUUUGUUCUCUUUAGGACAUCUGGGCAGUGUCUGGUCCUCUUCACGUUGCCUAGCCCAGGUGUCGAUGAGGCCUAGUGCACACACUCAACACAGAAAGCCAGAUGAGAAUCUCGGCUUUGUAGAAAGUUCAAGGAAGCAGGAGCGGGUGGAAAAAUUCGGCUACAACUCCUUGGCUGCUUGUUCAAUAACUUCAUGGUCUGGCGACCCCUGAUUAUUUAGAGUAUUCUAUUGAUGAUCAGGGGAGCUUGGCUUUUUGGCAGAUGGGAAGCAGUGGCAAUCCAUGAGGCAUUCACUCACGCAGUCUGUUUCUUCAAGGAAUUCCACUGCGCUAAUUAUUUCAACACAUAAUAAGCCAGGGAGAGGUGAAAGGGUGCCUCAGGUGAAUAGAGAUUUUUUAUGGGGGGGCAGGGGAGAAUCUGGCCAGCUCUUGCAAAUAAAAGAUUUUGCUUCUUCCAUUAAAGUGUAUUUUACCUUGGGAAGAAUAUGUGCAUUUGCAAAACCAGGGGGAAGCUGCCUAACCUUGUCACAAACAUGCAAAUAGCUGCCAUAUUGCUGUUGGUUGUGUUCACCACAGGUUGCCCUUGAGCAAGGGUAGCCAAUGAGGUGCCGUCUGGAUCUUGUGGAUUGGGGGGGAUAUUAGAGGGAAAUGCUUGAGAAAAAUCAGUAGAUUCAAUCCAAAUUUUAUACCGGAAAGAAAAUUAUGAGGAGAAAUUUGUACUAAAAUGUUGUAGGCUUUCACUGAAGAACUUCAAAUGGGUUGCGGAAAUAAUUUGAAGCUCUGAAGCCUCCUUAUUUUAUUGGCCUUUUCUUAGAUAUUGGGGUUUGCACCAGUCACCUGUGCCAGAAUGGAGGAACAUGUGUUGACCGAGGUGAACAGUACAAAUGCUUUUGUCCCCAGGAGUGGACAGGCCCCAACUGCCAAUAUCAAACGCAGACGGGUAUGUAUUGUGGUAAGGGGUUAAGGAGGGUGGGAAAGAGGAAUAUUUAAACCUUAAUGUGUGAGAGAGGGGAGGGCAAGCCCUAGAAACAGAGGACAUUAUAGUGAGUCAGACCAUUUGCUCAUUUAGCUCAAUAAUAGCUACACUGACCAUAGUCGCUGGUUUCCACUGAUAUCCUUUCCCUCCAUGUGGGGGAAGUGAUCAAAAAGCUUACACAGAAAGAGGCAGAGGACUUGUCAUGGGAAUGCUGGUUUUGCCCAUCUCCGUCCCCACACUUUGUGUGUAAUGUGUAGUUUCCCCCUCCUUGUCGUAGAUGUAGAACAAACCCACCACUCCAUUUUAUUAGCUGCGUAAAAAUAAAAUUAAAAGUAAGGAUGUCUUCUCAUUUGUGGUUUGGGAUUUUACACUGUCCUGGAGGCGGAUUCUUCCCUCCCCCACUUGUCCUUUAGUACCACCAGAAUGGAGCGUAACAGAUGAUCCGGCGUUCAGCCGUAAACCUCGCUGCGCCAAAUUUGACCGGAUGCAGCAGUGCAGCUGCGAAGCAGGCUUCCAUAUGAGCGGCACAGCAGAAAACAGCAUCUGCCAGGGUAAGAGUGCAAUUGCAAGAGAUCUCUGAGGAGUCUGCUGCUACAAGCUGCUUCGGCUUCCUGUCGAAGUUAAAGCCAUGUCUAAACUGAAGAAUAUGGUAGUGUGGCCUUUCAUUUAUAGACUUUCAGUGCUGUAUGGGGAGGGGCGCGUUAUAGAAUAACGUAAGUUUUUUUAAAAAAAAAGAUGAAUCCCUGAUCCAAGGAGCUUAAUACAGUAAAUUCCAACACUAAUAAAGUUGACAACAGUAGGAACUGCAACAACUUAUUGCAGCAUGGAGUGCUUCUGUUAAGGGUUCCAGCACUCCAUUCUUUUCCUUCUCUCUCUUAAAGUUUUCCGGUUCUCCCCCAACUCUUCCCAAACAAUCAACCACAAUUCUGUAUCUCCAAAGUAUCCUCAGUCCUCGUUGGGCUUUUUAGUUUAGUUUUGCUUUUGCAUGUUUAUUUUUUGGUGGGGUGGAAGACAUUAAAACCUUGGCAUUCUCCACUGAUUACUCGGGACAGGUCGAAUCGUCCCCUGGCAUAUUUAAAAAGAGCUUCUCAGUGUGAACCAGUAAACAACCUAUCCGGACAAUGAGAUGGUUCUCUCUACCACUUUUCUAUCUAUAAGCUUCUAGCUCCAUUUCUUGAGCAUGAGUGGCGCAGAUUUGCCAGUGUAAACCCAAUUGACUGAUGACUUGAAAGCAAUAUUGAUGUGUACAAUGCAAAUCCAUUUGAAUUGAUUUAGAAAAGCAAAGCGGAUUUAUACAAUUUUUAAAUCAAUAAAUGAAACACAGUUGCAGCACACACACUUGAGCUCAUGGUGAAGCCAUGAGAACCUUUACUUGGAAGCAAGUACCACAGAGGAUUACUCCAAAAUCAAGUGAACAUAGAAGUCCAACCUUAGCUUCAGUUGGGGAUAAGAACCAGAAGGUAAUAAGAUAAGGGGGUAAGAACCAUGGAAGGCAAAAGGCGAGCCGCCCCUAUUGUUAGACAAAAGGUAAAGGGACCCCUGACCAUUAGGUCCAGUCGUGGCUGACUCUGGGGUUGCGACGCUCAUCUCACUUUAUUGGCCAAGGGAGCCGGCGUACAGCUUCCAGGUCAUGUGGCCAGCAUGACUAAGCCGCUUCUGGCGAACCAGAGCAGCGCAUGGAAAUGCUGUUUACCUUCCCGCCGGAGCGGUACCUAUUUAUCUACUUGCACAUUGACGUGCUUUCGAACUGCUAGGUUGGCAGGAGCAGGGACCGAGCAAUGGGAGCUCACCCCAUCGUGGGGAUUCGAACCGCCGACCUUCUGAUCAGCAAGUCCUAGGCUCUGUGGUUUAGCACCACCUCAAAUGUCAAGUGCUGACAAGCAAGACUGGGCACCACCAGAGCUAUUCUUCCUAAGCUCCCAUUCCCCCUGGGCAACAUCCUAUGCAACAUAUCCCUGGCCCUCUGAACUAGCCUUGCUCCUCAGGUGUGGUAGAGGGUGAUUUCCCAUCACAGGUGUUGAGAAGUAAGAUUCAACAGCUAGUCCAGCCAGAAUGGGCUGAAGGCACCAUCUUGUCAAUAAAAUGUCUGAAGGCGGCAAACUCUGCCACACAUAUAAGGAAUUCCAAAGGGUUUCAACACCACCUUGCGGACUGCCUUGGGUCACUCCCAGGUCACUGUGUCUUAGGCAACUACUGGUGGGAACAAGCUUGCUGUUAUCUGCACAAUGGCCUGCAUUCCUGAGCCAAUUUAUCAUUCAGAGCUGAGCAUCCCAGGCUUUAACAAAAAGGCCCUCCAGAGCUUUCCAGCGGCAGGCAAUUUCAGCAACUUAAGAAUCAGAUCUGUACAGCAAGGCUCUCCUUACGUUGUUAUCCAGCAGGAAGCACCAAGGGCUGUGCUUUUGAAUAAACCCACACAGUUCAUAGAUCUGGAAGGGCAAAAUGUAUGCUGCUAAUAUAUAUAACACCAGUAGCAUAUCUCAGAGUUCCGCACACACACACACCCUUGCGCAGCCUGUCAUGAAAUUUGUCCAAGCAGAAAUAACGUUGCUUUUCUUUCCCCUUGCAGAUGUGAAUGAAUGCGAAGUUUACAAGCUGGAGGGAGCCCCUCGUCUCUGUAUGCACACCUGCAUAAACAUUCCUGGCUCGUACCGCUGUUCCUGCCCCAGAGGAUACCAGAUCUUCAGCGACGGGAAAAGCUGUGAAGGUGACUUUGGCAUGAGGCAGAUGGCAUUUCACAGACGCUGAAUGACAAAAUGUGCAGGCUUCAGGCAGACUUUUUGGUCCACGAAAACUGCUUAGAUUGUGUGCAGUCUGUUUCUCUGCAACCAGGGUUUAAGCUGCAAUCCUGCACAUUCUCUCCUAGCAGCAGGGACUUGGUUAGGCGCGCGUACAUUUUUAUGACUAUAAAUGCAAGGAAAUGCUAACAGAAUAGAAGCUGGACUUCCCAAACGCCGUGCAAGAAGCCAGAUUUUUGUAACGGUUUGUAAUGCACGGCUACUUAAAAUUCUGGCUGUUAAUGCCAAGGGAGUGAGACCCGCUGAAACAAGGUAGACAUUGUAAUACCAUUUAGAUAUGUCGGGAGGUAUGGCGGUCAAGCGCCAAAAGGAAUUGAAUAGCGAUAUUGUAUGCAUGAAGCAUGCACUCUGUGCUCUCGCUGGCUACAGAAAAUACCUUCAGAUUAUGAUAAAACAGAGCUAAUCGCUGGGAUUUGGUUGGCUUUUUUGUUGUUGUUUCUAAAAUUAAAGCAUCUUGUGUAAGGGAAGCAGACUGACAUUGCACGGCUUAAAAUAUUUUCUGUCCACUCCACAAGCCAAUUAACCUGUAAUAUUUCCCCUCAAUAUUUACUUUGCCUACAUGCACACCAUACAAUUGAAGAACAUCUGACGCACACAUAUCCCUCCCCCAAAAAAGAAUCCUGGGAACUGUAGUUUGUUAGGGAUGCUAUAGCUCUGGGUAAACUACAGUUUCCAGGAUUCUUGCAGGGGGGUACUUUAAAUGUAAGGAAUCUUUUGCCCAACAUGGGGCUUGAACCCCCAACCCUGAGAUUAAGAGUCUCAUGCUCUACUGACUAAGGUAUCCAUGCAUUUUAUCCUUGCUACAACACUAUGAGGUAGAGUUAGGCUUGGGUCUUCUCAUAUCUAUGGAGUGACCACUUAGGCCAUCAUCUGGAAACAGGAAAUUCACCACCAAAAGAAGAGGUCAGAGGGUACCAAUUUGCAGAAAACUUCCUUGGCAGAGCUCAGCUCCAGAUACCUCUCAUGUACAUAGAAAGGAUUUAGGUGGAACUUCUGUGCAACAGUUAGAAUGUGCAAAUUGUCACUGGCCUUGAGAGCCAAAGGGUGGAGAAGAUAAUACCUUCCCCUUUCUGUGUUAAGCGCGUCACCUAAACCAUCGACUCUGGUCCUUUGCUUUUCAUGUUUCCAUUUUAGCGGCAGCUGAAAAAGCCAAUGCAAUUCUGGGCUGCAUCAAUAGGAGUAUAGCAUCUAGAUCAAGGGAAGUAAUAGUGCCACUGUAUUCUGCUCUGGUCAGACCUCACCUGGAGUACUGUGUCCAGUUCUGGGCACCACAGUUCAAGAAGGACACUGACAAACUGGAACGUGUCCAGAGGAGGGCAACCAAAAUGGUCAAAGACCUGGAAACGAUGCCUUAUGAGGAACGGCUAAGGGAGCUGGGCAUGUUUAGCCUGGAGAAGAGGAGGUUAAGGGGUGAUAUGAUAGCCAUGUUCAAAUAUAUAAAAGGAUGUCACAUAGAGGAGGGAGAAAGGUUGUUUUCUGCUGCUCCAGAGAAGCGGACACGGAGCAAUGGAUCCAAACUACAAGAAAGAAGAUUCCACCUAAACAUUAGGAAGAACUUCCUGACAGUAAGAGCUGUUCGACAGUGGAAUUUGCUGCCAAGGAGUGUGGUGGAGUCUCCUUCUUUGGAGGUCUUUAAGCAGAGGCUUGACAACCAUAUGUCAGGAGUGCUCUGAUGGUGUUUCCUGCUUGGCAGGGGGUUGGACUCAAUGGCCCUUGUGGUCUCUUCCAACUCUAUGAUUCUAUGAUUUGUUUUACAGACAUCGACGAGUGUGCUCUCUCAUUGCACAACUGUACCAGGGGAACGACGUGCAUUAAUACAGGAGGAAGCUUUCAGUGUGUUAAUCCAGAGUGCCCCAAGCCCAGUGGAAACAUCAGCUAUGUGAAAACAUCGCCGUUGUAAGUAUAACGGGGAUUUUGUCAUUUGCCACCUUUGACAGCAGUAUGCUAGCUUUGUUGGCUAUUUGCAGCUUAGUUGCGCUGCAGAGAGCUUGCUGGGGAGACCACACAUUAUAAGGAACGCAAAAUAACUUUAGCUAGGUUUUAAUAACAAAAACAAAAAAUCCUUUUACAUUAAUUAUAAUAUAUCAACAAGCAUGACCCAUCCACCAGGGUGCUGAGAGAGCUAGGUGCUGCUCUUUAUAUACUAUACCCAAUUGCUGACACAGCUUAAUUAACACAAAUUAGCAGCACCUGCUAUACUGUUUCACAGCUGUAAAACUGGGUCUCGUUAUUUCCUCUGGCCCUUAAAGACAUACACAUCUUGUGGAACAAUAAUGAACCUUCAAAUUUAAAGAGACCAUUCAACAAGCUGAAGGCACUCGGGGCAGGUCAUGCAUGGCACAGAGUGAGCUCUGUAUUCCAACACCUCAUCAUACUCCCUGCCCUGCUCCCUCGCCUCACUCUGCCUAAUGAUAGAGCCGUCCCUGGUUCUGGGCAUAAGGAAAGAAAUGAUGGCUGCCCAGGAAACCCACUGUGCAGUUCCAGUUCCUUUCUUUUAAAACUAGGAACCAAAAGAUCUUGAUGAUCCAGGCUGUUGGCAUAUUGUUUUCUGGUCUGUGAUCAAACAUUACGACAACCUUAUGAAUAUUUCCCCUCCAGCCAGUAAGAUUACUUGUUAUAUUUUCUUUGAUACAGGGCCAAUGUUCUGUGCCUUGAUUAUGCACCAUCGCUGUGUGUUGCAAAUGGAGCUUUGUUUGAGUUUAGACAACUUUUUGGGCACAAUCCAGACGAAGUUAAAGACCUUUAAAUCCAACUGAUUUCCAUGAGAGGUUUAUUCUGCAGAGGCACCAUAUCCUUAAAGUGCGUUUCCUUGUCGCCAAAAGGAAUCCUGGGAACUGUGGUUUUUUAAAGGGUGCGAUGGACUGUAGCUCUGUGAGUGGUGAACUACAGUUCACAGGAUUAUUUACAAAUGAAAAAUGUGCUUUAAAUGUACAGUGUGUCUUCAGCCUUAGGCUGCAGUCCUAAUCCCAUUUACCUGGGAGUAAGCCCAUUGACUAGGGACGCAGGUCACACUGUGAGUUAAACCACAGAGCCUAGGGCUUGCCGAUCAGAAGGUCAGUGGUUCGAAUCCCCAUGACGGGGUAAGCUCCCGUUGCUCGGCCCCUGCUCCUGCCGACCUAGCAGUUCAAAAGCAUGUCAAAGUGCAAGUAGAUAAAUAGGUACCACUCUGGCGGGAAGGUAAAUGGCGUUUCCGUGCUCUGCUCUGGUUCGCCAGAAGCGGCUUAGUCAUGCUGGCCACAUGACCCGGAAAAACUGCGGACAAAGUCGGCUCCCUUGGCCAGUAAAGCGAGAUGAGCGCCGCAACCCCAGAGUUGGCCACGACUGGACCUAAUGGUCAGGGGUCCCUUUGCCUUUAAGCCCAUUGAAUUCAAUGGGACUUAUUUCUGAGUAGAUGUGGUUAGGUUAGUGCUGUUCACUGUAAUGGGCAGGAUUCACCUCAUGAGCCCCAUCAGCAGAAACCGUACACAAGGACUUCUGCUUGCACCCUGAGCUUUCCCCUGCCUCUUCUCCUGCUGUAUGCCCCCCCCCGAAAUUGGCUUGAGAGGUGGUUGGGAGAACCCCCAGAACAGCAUGGGGGUGGUGGAAGUGGGCGGAGUUGUUCCAGCUGGCAAGCAGAAACCCUUGUGCAGAUGGAACGCUCAGUUCAUCAAAGCGUGACAUUGAAUUCCGAUCCAAUAUGCCAAAUUUUUACCUUUCAAAAUAAAUGGAAAUGAAAAGUGCCAAAGGUCAUCUGGAUUUCACCUUCAGACUCUAAAACAAAGGUGGGUGACCUGUAUGGAAUCCAACAACAUCUCAGAGCCUUGCUGGGAAGAAGAAAAGCCGUUGUUAAAGAUUCUGCAAAGACCACCUGGAGUCUAAAUCUUAGCAGUAUUUUAAAAAAAAGAUUUAAUAUAUUGUUUAGAUAUUUGUCCAAGUGUUUGGACCAUUAUGUUAGGGGUAUGCCGACCCAACAUAUAUUCUCACUGGCACUAACUGCGUUUUAUCCAACUCUCUGGUUUUUGAUUCGCUCAGGUGCACCAACUCUGUGGGGUUGAAGGCCCCCUCGAUAUUUGUUUUAAGGGGAGCGGACCCUCCUCAUCUUCAUAGCGCCCUGCAUGUGGUGCAUGUGUGUGACAUCACAUGCACAGCACAGGUCCAGCGCUGGCUGCUUCAGAGUGUAUGGCUUCCUGCAUUGCACAUGCAUCAUCACACACGCACAAUGCCCAACAUGCAAUGUGUGUGACACCAUGCAAAUGCAUUGAGCAUUGGGUACCCUCAAUUUUGGAGGCAACUUGGCGCCUCCGGAUUCACUUAUACUGCUGCUUUACAGUAGUACCUCAGGUUAAGAACUUAAUUCGUUCUGGAGGUCCGUUCAUUGGCUCCCAGUACGUUUCUGAGCACAAUUCAAAGUGUUGGUGCUGACCUUUAAAGCCCUAAACGGCCUCGGCCCAGUAUACCUGAAGGAGCGUAUCCACCCCCAUCGUUCAACCCGGACGCUGAGGUCCAGCGCCGAGGGCCUUCUGGCGGUUCCCUCACUGCGAGAAGCCAGGUUACAGAGAACCAGGCAGAGGGCCUUCUCGGUAGUGGCGCCCACCCUGUGGAACACCCUCCCUUCAGACGUGAAGGAAAUAAGCAGCUAUCCUAUCUUUAAAAGACAUCUGAAGGCAGCCCUGUUUAAGGAAGUUUUUAAUAUUUAAUGCUGUACUGUUUUUAACACUCGAUUGGGAGCCGCCCAGAGUGGCUGGGGAAACUCAGCCAAAUGGGUGGUGUAUAAAUAAUAAAUUAUUAUUAUUAUUUACCUGAAACUGUUCUUAGGUACCUCAGCCUAAUGGGGCCUCCUGCUGCUGCACGAUUUCUGUUCUCAUCCUGAAGCAAAGUUCUUAACCCGAGGUACUAUUUCUGGGUUAGCGGAGUCUGUAACCUGAUGUGUCUGUAACCCGAGGUACCACUGUAUUGUCAUCACUGUUUGCAGCCUGUUGCUCCAGACUGGAGGGAGGGCAGGAUGUAAAGAUAUUCCAUACGACGAAGAAAUAAACGCAUCUCCUUUGUACCCCCACCCCUCACUUUCCUUCCUAGCCAAUGCGAACGGAACCCAUGCCCAAUGGACAGCAGAUCCUGCCACCAUGCCCCGAAGACCAUCUCCUUCCAUUACCUCCCUCUGCCAUCCAACCUGGUCACUCCCACCGCCCUCUUCCGCAUGGCAACCGCGUCGGCUCCUGGGCGGCCUGGCCCCGACGGCCUGCGCUUUGGGAUCGCAGCAGGCAACGGCCGGGGCCAUUUUGUCAUGCAGCGCUCGGACAGGCAGACCGGCGAGCUCAUCCUCGUCCAGAGCCUGCAAGGCCCUCAGACCACAGAAGUGGAAGUUGACAUGACCGAGUACCUGGACCGCACCUUCCAAGCGAAGCACGUCUCGAAGAUUACCGUCUUCGUGUCGGCUUACGAGUUUUAACAGAAGCCGUUUGACACAGGAGAGGAAAAGAAGCAGCUUGCGGCCUGCUCUUAUUCACCCAGAACUUUUGGUUCUAACCACCAGCUGUACUACAAAAGCCGGAACAGACAUCAGGCAUUGCUGUCUGGGUACUUGCCUGUGUUAAUGCCAGCCUCAGAUAUAAUGGCUGUCGCCUUUCUGCUUCUCCUCCGGGGGUAGCUAGCAUGGCUCUCUCCUGAUGCUGUUAGACUACAGCUUCCAUCUGUCUUGCGGGCUGCUGAUGGGAAUUCGAGUUCAGCAUCAUUUUGAGAGUGCCACAUUGGCUACCCCUGUUUGACUUUAAACACUCAAUGCCCUGAGUGCCUUGGAGGGAUAAUAAUGUGAUUGACUGCCAACUAUGGUUGGUGUCCCACCUUGACCAACGCCCCCCUUACUCUAACCCAGCCUUUCUCGAGCUGUGGGUCCCCAGAUGUUGUUGAACUACAACUCCCAUCACCCCUAGCUAGCAAGGCCAGAGCUCAGGGAUGAUGGGAGUUGUAGUCCAACAACAUCUGGGGACCCACAGGUUGAGGACCGCUGCAGUCUAACCUGCCCUUUGUUAGCCAAUCCAGCAUGCCACAUAUACAGACAACCUGUCCUUAAUGCAGACAUUCUGCCCUCAUCCCAAGCAGAAGUUCAACUAAGGAAGAGUACAGGUCAUCUCUCUUUUUCUCCCUGUCCCUCUCUCUGAUGCUGUAUGAGAGCAAAAACAUCAUAUAUCUGUUGCAAGGGAUCUGAUUCUACUUUCUGUUGUUUGUAGAGUACUAAUGCUGAUCUGAUGUCGCAAACCAUGAGCAUGAUUCAGCAACCAUGGAAACGCUUUUUAAUUCCUGUUUAUUUCAAUGGGAAGGGCAAGCAAUGGUGUGCUUAACAGUGCAAACCUAUGCAUGUUUGCCUGGUAGUGAGCAACACUGAUUUCGUACAUACAGCCCUAGCCAUGUCUACUCAGAAGCCAGUCCUACUGAAUUCUGGCGGAAUAUCUGAGAGUGGAGUUCGGUUUGCAGCCUAACUCUCUAGUCAAUGUACACAGAGUUACACUGCACAUCCCUCCUUUUGAUAUCAGUGGGAUCACAACAGGACAAUCUUAUGCACAUCUGCUCUCAGACCAAGUAAGUCUCGCUGAGUUCAGUGGGGUUUACUCCAAGGUAAGUGGGUCUUCUAGGAUCGCUCCCUAAAAUACUGAGCUGGGUCAGUUCUAAAUUAUGUUGCAACAAACUCACCAUUCCAGCCAUACUUCAGAACUAGAUUUUGAAUAUAUAUUUUUCAUAGUUUGCCUGUGAAAUAAUAGCUUUGAGGGACACUUUGAGGAAACCGAAUCUUAAGCCUUGAUGAUGAAUUGUAGAAACCGUUAUUAUGAGUUUGGAUGGUGCCCUGAGUCCCUUCCAGUUAUCGGGAUCCUGUAUCUGUGGGGGUAAACUGUAGGGGAGCAAACUUACCAAACCAGUCAUUUUGUCUAGGUAAAGGUUUUGGCUGACUAGUUAAGCACCACGAUUAGCAUAACCAAAGAAGUUGCUCUCUGCCAUAGCACAGGUGGGUGGGUCUCCCUGCCCCCAGCUGCUAGGAAGGAGAAUAAUAGCCGGUGUAGCAUGUCUGAAAGAGGGAGAAGCAGGCUGGAAGCUGUAGGUGCAGAGACAUGUUUGCUCUGUGCUGGAUCCAAAGUUAUAACUAACAGAGAAGCAAGAUCGGGGUGUUAAUGCUGCGAGCCCCUCCAUCUUAUGCUCAGGUUGUAUAUAUGUGUAAAUAAAACAAUUUAUCCAAGAGGCAUCACAGUCUCCUUCCUAUGGCCUUCAUUCCAAGGAAACUCAACCCCAAAAAAGAGCCUUGAACCCCUGGAUUCUCUCACCACUCAGAGCCGGGGGUGGCAUGUAACACUAUUACGCUAAAUAGUAAAUUGUCGGAUUUGCACCUUGCUUCCCCCCGCUUCAUAAUCCCACUAAAUUUAACAGUAUUUAUAACUGGGAAUACCCCAAAGAACCAACGUACAUAUGAAUGUAUUUUCCCAUUAUGGUUCCUUGAGGUAUUCCUACUUCUAGAAGCCUAUUAUGUUUAGUGGGCUAUAUAUAUAAUGCAAAUCGCUCUUAUAAGGAUCUGUUUACACUCUCUCUGCAAUAGCUCUGUGUCCACCCCCUAGCUCCAAAAUAAUAAGAAUUUUGUUCCAACUCUGAUAUCUUGUUCGGUCAAAGGGAUGUGGGGAACACAAUUCCAUUAAACAUGUCCUUGUUUGUA